CCGAUGUGUGUGGUGUUUGGUCGGACCCGAGGCCGGAAACGACAUGGACGAAUAACCCGAGUUCACAAGGUGCUGACUGCGGGGCUUAUGCCAUGUACUACGGACAUGUACAACGACCCCGGUUCGGUGAAUUUGUCUUGUGGAUUAACAACAGCACGUGAAAAAGAGACACAUAUAGGAUCCGAUUUUAAACCCUCAGGGAACCUCAAAGGUCGAAUUACAGGGAUAACAAGUAACAUGUGAUCGUCCGCGGUCGUUGCGGAUGGUGCUACUCCACUAGCUACUACGUCACUCAUAUGGCAUUUCGAAAGUCUAUUGAAACGCCAUAGUGCGCUUACAGCCUUACCUUUCCAUCUCUCCCAGCUGUUGCAAUAGCCGAUUACUUUCCCACUCGCGUAGCUUACCUCAGAUUCCUACCACAAUGGGCGGCGUCGACUACGCUUCGCUCGUGUCCAUCCCAACCAGCUACGCGACCUGCUCCCUCGGUAGUCCUUCCAAUCCUCCACCGCUCCUUGACCGCCUGCACGCCAUAUCCUUAGCAGGAUUUCCCGCCGUGGAGCUUUCUUUUCCCGAUAUCCUAUCAUUCGGUCAGGCAUGGCUUAGUCAUCAAAUUGAGCCCUCCGAUUACGAUGAGCUCUGCAAGGUUGCUGCCGAGAUCAAGAAAGAAUGUGACAAGAGGAGUCUUGGGAUAAUGAUGUUGCAGCCUUUCGCUAAUUUCGAAGGCUGGCCUGAAGGCUCUGAGGGCCGCAAUGAUGCCCUAGAUCGUGCCCGCGGAUGGAUCCGCAUCAUGCAGGCUUGCGGGACGGAUAUGCUGCAGGUUGGAUCUACCGAUACACCGCUCGAGAAACUGGAAAAGGGUAAGAUGGUGUCAGAUCUGCGGGGUUUGUGCGACAUGCUCAAGGAGCACGGCUUCCGACUGGCGUACGAGAACUGGUGCUGGUCGACCCAUGCCCCAGAUUGGAAGGAUGUCUGGAGCAUCGUAAAAGAGGUCGACAGACCCAACAUCGGCCUUUGUCUCGACACCUUCCAGACAGCUGGAGGUGAGUGGGCAGAUCCCAGGACUCCCUCAGGACUACUAGAAGAUGUCACGAAGGAUGAACUAGAAAAGCGAUUCAAGAAGAGCCUCGAUGACCUCAGCACCACCGUACCAAAAGAUAAGAUCUAUCUCCUUCAGAUCAGCGAUGGGUACAGGGCCCCUGAGCCCUUCCAUGCAGAGCGUGACGGCUCAGGCCUACUGCCACGCGGACGAUGGAGCCAUGACUUCCGACCACUUCCCUACAACGGCGGAUAUCUCCCUGUCGUGGACGUUGCUACAGCUGUAUUAAAGACCGGCUUCAGAGGGUGGUUCAGCUAUGAAGUUUUCGACGGUGGCGCAGAUGGUAAGAAACAGGACGUGGAUAUUGUUGCAUACGCGAUGGCUGCGAAGCAUGUACAGCCCAGGUUGCUCGCGGAGUGCGCUGGUGAAAGGGUCCCUGAGAGAUAGCAUACACGUUGCGGGACAGUGCAAGGACAAAGUAAGCUAGGCCCAUAUAAUAUUCCUAGCCUACAUGUGAAAAGUCACACAGAUUAUGUGCCCAUACCGCCGUGUAGACAUGAAUCGCUAUCGAGUUAGUGAGUUUUCGCGUAUAGAAC